AUGGCCUCUUGGCGGGCUGCACACAGCGUCAUUGAGGGGGAGGGAACUGCAGAAUCAGCACCAAAAGACGUGGUAGCAGCACUCCAAACAGGAGGACCACCAACAGGCACGCCAGCUGGAAAAACAAUUUCACAAGAGGUCGCAAAAAGGAAGCACAGUUACUUGGAUCAUGCCAAAACACUGCAAGCCAUCUACGAUGCAGCUGGAGCUGGCUCUUCGGAGUGCUUCCCGCUAUUCUAUCCUCUUCUAGAUCGCCUAGCCCCUCGGUUGAUGCUCUCAGAGGCGCUGCUCAUCCUUGAAAAAAAGCAAAUUCAAAAGUACGCUGCUGCACCGCCAGCGGCUACUGCGCCAUCACCUCUUAGCGGGGGCAGCAGCAGCGGGGACCGAAGUGCAGGUAACAGCAGCUAUUGUUUGGUGUCGCACAGUCAUUUGCGUGCUGGAGUUGCCAAGCGGAAGCCCAGAGAAGUCAGCGAGGCUUUCACCUACAAUGAGGCAGCUUUCAAGGAGCAGCAGCAGCAAGCCCUGCAACGGCAGCACACCGAGGAACACGAGGGGAUAGGCGUCGAAGGCAUGGAACAACAACAGCAGCACCAGCCCGCCAAAGCAGCACCUCAGAAUCGUUUUGUUGUGCUGCCGCGCUUUUGCUCUUGUCCGUUUUAUCGAGAUCGAGUGCUGGAGCUUGGCGAUGCCUUCACCUGCCCCCAUGAGCUUGCAGCUCUGUUACUGCAUCUUUUGGACCCCUCUGGAUCCUUGACGCAGCAGCUGGAGGCUUCCGCCUAUAACGCUCUGCUGCAGCAGCACUUGGACGCGGUAUGGAGAUCGUGGAUUUGA